UCUCUCUCUCUCUCUUUCUCUUUUUUUUUUGUUUACCUAUAUAAAAUUGUAUUUUUAUGUUUGAGAUUUAUUUCUUUUUCUUUUUUUCUGGAAGGAAAGAGAUUUGAGAAGGGACAAAAAUGCAGGAAAAGCUUUAUUUGUGAUAAUCUGAUAAUCCUUGUGCUAAUAAGCAGUAAAAUACGCACGAUGAGGGACAAAAGUGCGUGCGUAAUAGCGAGGGAUUUAAAGAUAUCCUUUCAAUGAAAUAUAUACUCGUGACGUCGUGACUGAGGCGUAAUAGCGUCUGCUAGCGCUAUUAAGCUCGUAUCAGACUACGUAAUGAAGAUUGAAAUUUGACCAAUCAGGAUAAAAGGAACUAAAAUUUCCUUGUCCUGAUUGGUCAAAUUUCAAUCUCAAUUCAUAGUCUGAUACGGGCUUUAUGUAUGCGCGAAAUUGAUUCCGUACGGUUCGUGGCUUUUAUUCAUACAACAUUCAUACACCGGAAUGGAAUGUUGCUGAAGAAUCGUGCGUGUUUUGCUGUUCAUUAGCACAAGUAUUAUCAAGUGGAGCUUUUCCUGUAUCUACGUUCCUCCAAAUUCUUUCUUUUAAAGAAAAAAAAAAAAGAGGAAAACAAUGUAAUAUAAGAUAUGUCAACAUAAAAGAAGAAAACGAUCUUUAAUAAUUAUUAAUUUGGCAAAAUAUUAAUUUAUUAUCUAUAUCAUGUUUCAAUCUGUAAUCAUGAUACAUCGAAGGUUAUGUCUCAUUUGACGGUGGCUUUAUAAAGGUUAUGUACGGCAGUGACAUAUCGCGGGACGAGCGAUGAACAAGCUGCUGUCUGCACCGAUCAGAGAGGUUAGUCGGAGGAUUUACGAUGACACGGUGAGAUCGUCUGAUAUCUGCGAGGCUUGCGUCAAGUUAACCACACUCGUCAAGCCUCUGAACGCUUACAUCACCGUUACGAGCGAUGUCGCAUGCGAGCAGGCGAGCGAUGCCGAUGCGAGGCGACGACGGAAUUCGUUGCUGGGGCAGCUCGACGGCAUCCCUAUCGCCGUCAAGGACAAUUAUUGCGUCAAGGAUAGACCUACGACCUGCGCGUCACGGAUGUUGGCCAAUUUUUCCCCCGGUUAUAAUGCCACGGUCUAUGAGAGGCUCAAGAAACUGGGAGCCGUCUUGAUCGGUAAGACUAACCUCGACGAGUUUGCCAUGGGUUCCGGCACCGUAGAUUCCCUUUAUGGUCCGACCAAGAAUUUAUGGGGCUCGGAAGUGCAGUCGCAAUUUUAUUCGUACGAGUCGGACGGUUCAUCGAUUAACGAGUGGAAGCUCUGCGAGAAAGAUGCAUGGUACAUAGCAGGUGGGAGUAGCGGAGGUUCCGCAGUUGCGGUAGCUACAGGUACUUGUUACGCAGCCUUGGGCUCUGACACUGGCGGUUCUACUCGCAAUCCCGCUUCUUAUUGCGGUCUAGUUGGUCUGAAACCCACCUAUGGUUUGGUGUCACGUUAUGGUCUUAUCCCAUUGUUGAAUUCGAUGGAUGUGCCUGGCAUUCUCACAAGAGUAAUAGAUGACACGGUAUUAAUCUUGAAUGCUAUAGCUGGGCCUGAUCCAGCAGACCCCACCACUGUACAAAAGGAAUACGUGCCGAUUAACUUACCCAAAACGAUAGAUAUAAGUAAUCUCAGAAUCGGGAUACCAAAGGAGUACAGAGUGCAAAGCAUAAGCGAGGAGGUCCAAGCGUGUUGGGACGAAGUUUCUCGUCAUUUAGAAGAAGCAGGAGCCAAUAUUGUCCCAGUGUCAUUACCUCACACCGAAUACUCCAUAGCAUGUUACUCCGUUUUAAAUCGAUGCGAUGUAGCUAGCAACUUGGCCUGUUACGAUGGCAUAGAAUAUGGUCACAGAGCCGAUGAAUGGAGCUCGGCUCAUGAAUUAUAUAAGAAGACCAGGUCGGAAGGCUUCAACGACGUGGUCAAAGGUCGUAUACUGGUUGGAAAUUAUUUUCUAUUGGCGGAGAAUUACAAGGAAUAUUACGUCAAGGCAAUGAAGAUGCGUAGAUUAAUCGCGCAAGACUUUGACACCUUGUGGAACGGUAAUAUAGAUCUUCUGCUAACUCCAACUACGUUAACCGAGGCUCCAAGUUACAACGAAUUCACGCAGCUGGACAAUCAGACGCAGUGCUUGAUCCAAGAUUAUUGUACGCAACCUGCGAACAUGGCCGGUUUGCCCGCGAUCAACGUACCGAUCAAGCUCUCUCGCAAAGGGCUACCUUUAUCGUUGCAAUUAAUGGCACCGCUCUUUAACGAACAGAGGCUACUCACCGUGGCAAAGUGGAUCGAGCAGACAGUGCGAUUUCCAAGACUCCAAUUGAAGGAUUCAUGCUUGCUUAAAUAAAGACCCGAAGGUGAUUUAACCGGCGAACAAACAACAGCAGGCAACAACAGGCACGUGUAAAAUCUAUUCACAUAACGCCUUCGGUAAUUAGAUCUUUGUGACAUUUCGGUUUGAUCUAUUGUUCAUUUGAUCAACAAGUUAACACAGGGGCAAUAUAAUAUACCCGAGUCUAAUUGCGUUUGACUAUAACUUUUCAUACGAAAUUUUAUGGCGAUAUGUCAAAUCGCAUGAUUAUAGAAAAUAAUAAUUACAGCUUGCAUGGCAAAAAUUUAAAGCCAAAUAUAUUACAUUAUAAUCAUAAAAUUUAUCGAAAUACAUAAUUAUCGAAGUAAAUCUUUCUUUUUUUUGUCUUCUAUCAAAAUAUUCGUUGAAAUGUCUGAAUAAAUAAUAGGAAGAGACAUUCGCGCAUUGAAUUUUCAAUGGAAAAUUGCACAUAUAUUUUUUCUAUUCUGACAAUUCGCUGCGAUAGCAGUGUCUUCGGGCUUUUAAAGAAAGUUCAGAGAGGACAGAAAUAAUAUAUUCUCUCUGCUUAGGGCAUAUCGUUCUCUCGUAAUAGUGGUGCAAGUAUAAUAGUGCCGGACGUUUCCAGACGCGAGAUGAAGCUAUGCCAUUUAAUUUUGCAUUCCUUUUUCCUGCCAUAUUACGUAAUUCCUCGUUCUCUUCGCUGCAUAAAUUGCAGAGACUUUCACCGAAACCACGAGAAAUGAAGCGAUUUUACGUUCCAUUAAAGGGAAACCAAGUACUAGUCGUACAUUUUCAUUAUUUUUUGCAAUAUUUCGCACCGUCGUGUCGCAUAGUCUGACAGAAAAGAUUCAAAAAUUGUUAAAGCAUUUCAAAUUCAUAUUUCCAACUACAUAGUCUCACAUACAGCUCUAUUUUGAAUAUUUGUCAAUCUACUCGGUUUCGAUAUUCGGUCGUAAAUCGCAUUACAACAAUCGAAUAUAGACGGCUAAUAUACGGCUCGAAUACACGCGCGGAAUCGGAUCGUCUCGCGUAUAAAGCUGCGUAAUUAAUGACAGAAGGAAAUAAUGCACAUCUAAGGACCGUGUCCGAUAUCGAGUGAGCCACGAUCGCAUUACGCGCUUUAAUCCGAGCUCGUAAAAGCUUUGAGGCAGCCAUCGGGGCGAGUGUGCUUUAAAACAUCAAACGUUCGCGGAGCGGCAAUCAUUCUUCUUUGAGCUUAAAAAAUAUGAAGCCUUUGUGAUUGAUGUGUACAUAGCCCUCGACGUAGCCCCGAUUCCUUUUCGUACACCUUCUUUCGUUACCCCGAUUAAAGCUCGUCGUAAAUCUUCGGCUAAUAUUCUGUCCAAAAACGCGACUGCCUCCUGCCUUAUGCGAUUAUUAUUGCUGCUUGCGGGACGUUUUUUGCGUAGCGACAAUAACGGGAGGCAGAAGGAGAGAGGGGAGAGAGUCAUUAUAACUUUUUAUCCGCCUGGCCCUUUUUUUUCGACCGACUAAUAUCGCGCAAUCGCGCCGAACAAUACAUUUUUACGGCUCAAUAGAUCUCGGGGAAAAAAAGUUGGAUGAAA